AUGGCUGCCGUUGCCAACGACAUACUCGGCCUCGUCGCCCGCCAGGCCGCCACUUCUGCCUCGUCUGCCAUUAACGAGGUGAUAUCCACAACGACCUCAGCCUCGUCGACAUCAUCACCGACGCCCGACCGAACCUCGCAGGGCCCAGCCGGCCCCUCGCAGUCUGAAGGGAACGGGGGUGGCGGUGGAGGCGGCGGCGCCAGCUCCCCACUGCUAUUCUUCGUGGCGCUGGGCUUUGGCGUUGUGUUUACCAACCUCUGGAUCAUCGUUGGUGUAAAAUACUGCUUCCGGUACAACGCUCGCAACCGACAGAUGCGCCUGAAUGAAGACGGCGAGCCCAUUACCCUCGAAAACAUGCCUCGCCCGCACCGCCGUCGUCGCGAGAAGAAGUUGAUGACUAUGGAGGAGGUGAACGAGAAGUUCCCCAUGAUGAAGUACAAAAGCUGGGUACUUGAGCGCGCUAAGGAAGGUUUGCCCACCGCUGGAGGCGUGUCAGCUCCUCCAAGCCGUGCGGGCAGUGUUCGAUCUGUCCAGGGUAUUGUUCCCCGUGUCGCUCCUGAGGGAUCUUCCAAGGGACCGCAUCGCGAUGUUCCAGCCUGCUACCAACCUGCAGCGGCACGAAACGCUCUCCGAUGA